AUGGGCGACGAUACAGCAAAGCCUGCCUCCUCAUCCUUGUCUUCCCAGCAACAUAGCAUCGCCAACGCGAAUGAUAUCGGCUCACAGCUGUGUCGAGCAGCGACUCCAGGGCCAUCCGGGCCACCGGAACCAUCACUAGGGACGCCCUCUGUUCCUGUAUUCAACCAGAAUGACGCUGUCGCGUCGCAUACAAGCACCCCGUUGAAGUCUUCACAGAAAGGAGUUUCAGCGACUCCGACGACUGCGAGACCGUUUCCCAUGUCGCCGCCUUCCCAGUCCGUUAUGUUGGAGCCAGACGAGCUCGAAGUGCCCCCUACUGUUGACGACGACGACGAUGACCUACCAUCAGUAUCGCAGCUGUCGCAGCUGGUGGCAAGCACACGGCCUGGUUUCACCAAGGACGAAACUCCGGAACCAUUCAUCUCUGCUCCCUUUGCCUCCACGCCCAAACGCUCUCAAUCCCAGAGGUCGCCCAUCAAAGUUCCACUGAAACCUUCGCCUGAAAUAAUUUCUAUCUCAUCUUCCCCUGCUAGUCCUCCCAAAAGUCUUAGCCAGACCAACAAGCCAGGAUCCCAGAAGCGCAAACAAGACGAUGGCGAUCGUAGUAUUACUGCUUCUGAGCAAUCUGCGAAGAAGCAGAAAGUCAAAGCUGCUAGGCGCCCGACUACGUAUAAACACCAGGUUCACUGGGAGUUGGACGGAAAUGUCGUGAUUAGGAUCAAGAAGACGCUUUUCAGACUGCAUCGGAGCGUAGUGAGGCAUAGCGAAUGGUUGUCUAAGCGGUUCGAGGCGGAGCCGAACGGUUUUGAGGGUAAAGAUCCGAUAUAUAAUGUCGAAGAGGAAGAUGGGGUCGCGGUGGAAGACUUUGAGGUUCUCUUGGACGCGAUGGAUGACGCUAUCACCUACUUCUAUAACCCUCCUGACUUUUUCACUGUCGCUUCUAUCUAUCGCGCCUCCAAUGCACUCUCCUUCCCUCGCUUCCGAGACUGGGCGACACGAUACCUCGAAGAAAUGUGGCCUUCCUCCCUGUCUAAAGUAACCAUUAAUCCAAUCAGCCAUGCUUCCGCCGCCGUCAUACUUGCGCGCGAAUGCGGCCUCAAGAGUAUCCGCAAACGAGCGUUGUACGAACUCGUGCGCCUCGCUGGGUUCGGCCAAGACGAUUCAGACGACGAGCCAGACGAACCUAGGUCCAGGAGAUCCCGCGCUACGAUCUCUUCAUCCGACUACAGGCAUCUGGUUCGCGCUCGGGAGAUGCUCACCUCCGCAUGGACCACCCGGAUUGCUACUGCCACUUUUGGCAUCGAGGGUAGGUGUGUCUUCGGGAAUCUGAGGUGUACGGCUACGAAUGUGAGCUUGGUUGCCUCGAGGCACCAGGAGAUGGUCGGUUCGUCGGGGUUGUUCGAAAUGUAUUUGAGGGACCCGAUUUGUGGGACUCAGGCGCUGAUGGAGUUGGAUUGGGCCAAGGUGGGGUAUUGCAAAGCCUGUGUGGAUCAGAGGAUUGUGGUGUGGACGAAGGCGAGGGAGAGGAUGUGGGAGGAUUUGGAUAUUUGGUUGGGGCUGGAUAAGUGCUGA